AUGGCUCUUUCAUCAGCAUUGACUUCCCCUCUCCACUACUCCACUACCAUCCUCCCCAAUGGCCAGACCUGGCUCGACUCCUCCGUCUCUAAUAACACCGCCGCCUUCCUUGCGAAUACCCAAUCCGCCAUCGAUAUCUACAUGGCCUCCGGGCUGUCCAACGGCAUGAUCGACGGCAUCGAAUAUUGGCAGGCCGCCAACGGCUACACGGCUAUGGUACUGCACGACGCUUGGUCCGGCAGCACCGCUAACCACGGCACCCUGCUUGACAACCUCACCGUCGUGAUGAGCAGCACUGGCCACGACGACGCGCACGACGGCGGCUCCGCGCGCACUAGGGGCUUCAUCAACGAGUUCAACGACGACAGUCUGUGGUGGGGCCUCGCGGCGCUGGAGACGUGGGAGUUGCUACCGGAUAAGGUCAUGGCGGAGCCGCUCGUGGCUGCAGCACGGCAUGUUUGGGAUCACGUGAGUAACUUCACGCUGCCCAAGGGGACGAAGGCGGCGGACGGCACGGAUAUGAGCGGCGGCGUGAUCUGGACGGCCAGGGCAGGGGAGGGGGCAGUGAAUAGUAUCACGAGUGGGUUGUUUGCGGAGCUAGGAGCCAGACUGGCGGUGCAUGAACAGCAGUUCAGCGAGAAGCGUGAGAGGUACAUGCAGGAAUCACAGGAGGCGCUGGGCUGGAUUCUGCGAACGCGGUACAACGAGGCGGAGAAGCUGGUCAUGGACACGAUCGACUACAAGACCGGCGAGACACACGACUGGACCUUCACCUACAACACGGGCCAGACCAUCGCCGCCGCGGUGGCGCUGUACAAGGCCCUACAGCAAACAGAGCCGCGCCCAUCGUCCAACUCCAACGAAAAUAACACCCGCGCUCACCCACGCGCCUUCACCAUCCCCUUCUUUCGCACCCGUGACCGACAACUCUCCUCCUCACUCACCAACCCUUCACCCUCCAACCCCCCCACCGCAGCCCAAUACCUCCGCACCGCCCUUGACAUGGCCCUCCCAUCCCUCACGCGCACCAGCUCACCACGCUGGAUCGACGCCGCCACCGGAAUCCUCACCGAGCUCGACGCCUACCCGGGCAAUCCGCCGCUGAACGCCACGCAGAACAACGACGCCGUUGGCUUCAAGUCCGUGCUGCUGCGGAGUCUGGUCAAGCUGUGUCGGGCUUUGCGCGAGGGGGAUGAUCUGGAGAGCGCUCGGGGUGGGGGUGGGGGUGGGAGUGGGGAUGUCGACCGGGAUGCUGCGCAGGUCAAGUUAAAGGAGUUUGUGCAGCGCCAGUUCAUGGGAGUCAUGACUCUCAAUCGCGAUUUCCGCCGCAGCAGCAGCAGAAAAGACGAUGAUGAUGAUGACGGUGAUAAUGACGAGGGAGGCGUUGACAAAGAAGAGGAUCCGCCCUUGCGCUUCGGGCCGUGGUGGGCCGGACCCUGGGACACGCCGACGAGCCACAGCCAGAUGGCGGCGCUGGAUGUCGUGGCGGCGCUGUGGGGCGUUACGGAGCGUGGGCCUGUGGACUACAUAGUCUAG